UCACUCUCUCAUCGUAUGAGUGCCUGUCAUGUUUCUCAUGCACACCUCAUCCAGCCGGGUGUGGAUCAUCAGGGCUGCCGAAACAGCUUUUGAACACCUCAGCAGAGACCGCCCCAGGCCCCUUUGCUCAGCUGAGGCUCCACUGGCUCUCUGGUCGGCCCAAACCCGUAGAUGGGGCUUCCAUAUUUACCAAGCAUGCCAGUGUUAAAAUCUGAAACGACAACUGACAGGGGACCACGUAUGCCAGAGGACGACCUGUAAACUAUUCAAAGUUACGUGAGCCGGUAGAUGUAACAUGAUAUUAAAACCACUUGUCAAGAGGAAUUAAAGCUGCCUUCUGUUGGGACACUUCCUCCAUGGGAAUCCAAGCAAUGGAAACCAUCUCCCUGCACUGACACGCUGCUGCUGCUGCUGCUGCUCCACCAGCGGUGAAACAUGCCAGUUUCUUUUUUUUUUUUUUCCAACACAAAUGACUGGGGAGAAACUAGGCUGCUCUGUUCAUCUUUCCCUUCAAUCACUCACAGAAGGAGCUUGGUGACAAGAGGUCAUUUCUAAGUUUUGUUUCUUCAUCAUCACUCGUCGUUUACACUUGGAAUAAGUGAAUCUAACUCUGUCGAGCUUUACAUUUUGCUCAAAGACAAAAGGUAAGUAAACAGAAACUGUUGAUUUGUUUGCGAAUGUUUUCAAUGUUGUUAAAAUAUAAUCGACUCGCACCGAUCUUCAUUAGAUACAGUCAAAUUUGAAAUUUUUCAAAACUGGUCUAUAUUUAUUAUUUAUCCUUUUGUUUUUGGUGCAUUCUUCAUGUACAUGCGAGUCAUUUUUUUAUUUAAUACAUUGCACCUACAAUAACUCCAGGACAUCUCGGAGCGUUAGGGUCUCAGGUUUGCUGGCCCAGAUAGUUAGUCUCUGCAGACACAGUGGCCUUGUUUCAACAAAUUAUAUUUAAAUCUCCAAGGAUGUGAAAGCAAUCAGAAGAAAUUGAAGUUUAUGCUUUAUUUAAGUUUUUAAACAAGAACUAGUAAAUCUUCUGAUAGCAGCUCUGAAUGCAAUUAAUCCAUUCAUUCAUUGUAACCAUUUUUUUCUGUCAUCUGUGCAUCUGGUUUAUAGAUCUACAACAAUUUAUUGCAUAUAUUUUUAUCUACUGUAUUGCUUAAAGUAAUGUAGUGUAAACAAGAUCGCUUCUUGUUUCUGCUCCUUCACAUGACAACACCCAAAAUAAAAUUCACAGCUUUCGUUUUCAGCAUUAUUUUUCAACACUACUCAUCUUUCUCAAAUGAACAUAAGAGUUUUCUAUCCAACAGAGUCAAGUUAGAUGUGUGUCCAUCAAUUUAGCUGAUUAAUGUUUUCUAAGUAGGUGGUUUCUGAAGUCAGUCUUUUGUAAUAGUAAUUAUUGGAAUUGUCACACUUUUUUUUUUUUUGGCUUUUAUUUGCUAGAAAAGUUGCUUCCUGAUUUUUUUAGCCAUUUAGAUGACACAUUUUUACCUAUAUGCUUUUGCAUCUGCUUUAAUGAUUGCUUUUUCUUUUAAAGUAGUUAAACAUCGGUGGGAUUUUUAGCAGGUCACUAUGAAAUGGGAGAAGCUGAAGCCUCCAGAGCCAGAUGAUCCCAUGUGUUGCUGUGAAUGUGACACCUACCAGUACAGGUGUUGCUGUGACUGUGAAGGUCUGGAUGAAGCGUUCAAUAGGUGGCUGAAGGAGAAACCAGCUUCAUGUGGGCUCCAGUCUCCUGUGUUUAGGACCAUGAUCAACCAGCUGGAGAUCUCCAUGAUCCCGGCUCUGCUGCUGCUGCCUCUCCUGCUGAAAGCUGCAGCGCUGCACUACCUCCUCGGUAUCACCAUCCUCACUGCUCUGCCAAUCCUGGUGCUGUCUUACUACUACGCCACCCAUCAAAGGAAGAGGCGCACCCUCUUCUUCCUCACCCUUGCCCUCUACUCCCUGGCCUACAUGUAUUAUCUCUUCAUUGUGGAGAUUUUGCCCCGCGGGGAUGUCAGCCCACUGCAGACAUGUGCUGUGACCACUGGGAUGAUUCUCACUAUAGUUUCACUCAUUUACACUAAGAGAGGUCCAGGAUUUGUCCCUGCUUCUCACCAUGAAGCAAACCGUCAGAGGAUGGACACAGAAGAUGACUCUACUCAUUCUGAUGGAUUUAUCCAAACAACAGCCGCAGAACAGACAAGAAAAUAUCCCCCAACAUCAAAAUGGAGCCUGUGUCCUGUGUGCAAAAUAAUGCGACCCCCGCGUGCUGGACACUGCAGAACAUGUGGAUCGUGUGUUCAGCGUCUGGACCACCACUGCGUCUGCACAGCCCUUUGCUUUACCUGCUGCUGGUACAGCAGCAUAAUCACAGUUGGACUGCUCUACCUUCUGGUGGUGCAGGUUCUGAACAUCAGCUUCAACGUGACGGGGCGUGAAGCUCAGCUGGCUCUGAGGAACAAGAAGGGCCAGAGCCGCCUGUGGGGACUUGUCAUCGACACCGGAGAGUAUUCACGUGGCUUCUAUCAGAACUGGGCUGAGUUUCUCACAAUGGCAGACUCCUCUGUGACUCUUCACUCCAGCCCCACCGACUUGGUCUAGUUUCUUCUACAAUCUUAUUAAAACUUGAUCACCGCUUAAGACUCUCAGUGCAGUUUAAAGAGCUUAUGAUUCGGCAUAUGAUUCUGACAAUAGUUUUAAUUUACACAAGACUGCAGGAGAAUAUAAACAUUCUUGUGGGUUUAAAAAAAAAAAAAAAAAAAGAGCACACACACAUGCGUGCAUGUAUUGGUGAAUAAUUGCUCUGCUCUGGCUUAUAAGAGAGAAAUGAUUUAUUAUGUACCUCUAAAUAAAACUAAAUAAUUGCAUGUUUCAGUAGUAAAGAUGUGAUGAUUAAUUCAAUAAAAUUUUUAGAAAAGGUUGAAGACUGUUUACUUGGUAAUAGCUGUGCAGCAUUUACCUUUAAGAUGGUUGAACACAUUUUAGUUUCACAUUGUGUUUGAGUAUUUAGCGUUCAACACAACACAG